AAUUAAUAUAGCCACGGGCUGCGUCUACACGACACUGUCAGCAUAAUUUCAAGCUAUAUGAUAGAGUCGUGUAUGAUCGUGCAAAUACUGCUUAAUAAAAUCAAAGACUAUAUAACUUUUUUUUCUCAUGCGUGUAAAUACAGCUUAUAUUGCACAAUUAUAUUGAAUGAGCGAAUAUUUAAUGGUACUGAAUGGCUGAAUAGUUGUGCCUUUAACUUUUUUUAAAUAUUUAAAGAGGGAAAUUGUUUUUGACGUUUUUGAAGUGAAGGUUUGUUUUGAGUGCUGGUUGAUGCUUAAAUUAUGAUUAUUUUACCUGAUUUCCUCGCAUGUUUGAAGUAAAGCACACUGCCUCGGCAGGAACAGCAAUUCGUGGAUUCGUUUUCUUUGUCAGACUCCGCUUCGCGUCGUCCGACAAAAUUUAAACUCAUCCACGAAUUGCCCUUUCCCGGCCUCUGCAAUUAUGUACUAUUUCAGCCACUUAUUGACGUCCGGGCUGAAGUUUAGCUAUUAUACGAAGGUUCUUACUACCUAUGUAACAAUUUUAAAGAUGCCAUUUUGAGGAUGGAAACUACAGAUUUACGAGUGCUUUCACCCAUCGCCGGUCCUGCAAAUACUUAAGUUGCAACACCAAAUACAGAAUAACGCUGCACCCGAUCUUCAGCGGAAACUGCCGAACGGUUUUCAAACUUGGAACAUUAGCUGAAGUCGGAGCUCAGUUUGCCGCGAUCUGUCGAGGAGGACGCACGUCGCCCGCCCUCGCACCUUCGCUUACGCGAUAUUUACGUUAAGUGACAGUGAUAUUUUUAAGUGUUACUUGACGUGAUGACAGCCUACAUGAGUGACUUAAAUACAUUGUAGUACGUUGAAAGGUACUAACUGACGUGGCAGUGAAAAUGCGAGUGACUUAGCGUCUCACCAUGAAGACCGCGCACCUCGUGCUGACACUGACGUGUGUCAUCUCUUUCACCUGCACGCAUGCCAAAAUAGGUUAUUUUUGGCACAUCACGGACUUCCAUUAUGAUCCUCUAUACACAUCACAAGGCGACACUAGAAGACAUUGUCGCCGAGCAGAUGAGCGCGGCAGUUCGGGGCACCACCGCGCGCUGGGCCGCUUCGGCGACUAUUCGUGCGACAGCUCGCUGGAGCUGAUCGAGUCGGCCGCGCGGCAUAUGCGCACGCGACACUCCGAGAACGUCGAGUUCGUGCUAUGGACUGGUGACAUCAUAGCGUCCCGGUACGGCAGCGACGAAGAGCGAUACCAGGCCAUAAGGAACAUGACGGACCUGAUGGGCAGGACGUUCAGCUCGCACUUCGUGUUCCCUGUGCUGGGUCAUCUGGACCCGGCGCCGUCGGAGAACCUGACCAACCUCUGGGGGCAUUGGUUGCCGCUGGAGGCUUUGCAGACUUUUAAAAUUGGUGGCUACUAUACAAUAGAGCAGUCACAUAGCAAGCUUAGGAUAGUUGCACUGAACACCAACCUGUUCAGUGUUCGGGAAUCGAACGGCGGACCCGCCCAGGCACAGUGGGACUGGCUCAACGCUGUACUCGAGAAGGCUGCGUCUCAUAGCGAAAUGGUGUACAUAGUGGGUCACGCGGCGCCCGGGUCAGACUCGCGGCACGCGUACGACGCGCACGCCACAGGAGCCAACGCGCAAUACCUGCGCACCGUCCGUCGUCACGCGCGCAUCAUCGCCGGACAGUUCUUUGGACAUCUCCAUGCUGACACUUUUCGCGUCAUCUACGAUAACGAUCGGCCAGUGUCGUGGGCACUGCUGGCGCCGUCGGUGAGUCCGCACCGGGAGCCAGCUGGUGCCUCUAAUCCCGGCCUUAGGCUUUAUAAGUUCGACACCAACACUGGCAAGGUGUUGGACUACACUCAGUACUAUCUGGACUUGGCCGCCGCCAACCGCGCCGGUGCAGCCGAGUGGACCACAGAAUACAACCUCACUCAAUACUACGGCCUGCACGAAGUGUCGGCCGACGCGCUCCAUAACCUGGCCGACAAGCUGCGGAUAGGCUCGCCACAUGAGACCAUGGCCUUCAACAAGUACAUCCGCGCCUACAGCGUGAAGCACGAUAGCUCAGAGUGCGACGGCGCGUGUGCUCACCAGCAUUUCUGCGCGAUUACCUGCCUUGAGUUAGCCGCGUAUCGCCAGUGCGUAGAAGCUGCAGCCAGCGCCUUGGCUGCCGCCAAGAGGGCCGCUUCGCUCGAAACACCCAUCGCUGUUCUGCUGGUUAUGUUCAUUUCUGUACUUACUUUGUGAUAAGACCAUAGCAAUUUAAAUUGAUUCCGAAUUUUGUAGGGAGGAUCAAAUUUUAUGGCAUCUCUACCGAAAAGAGCCAAGCUCAAAUUUGAUAGCAAUUGUUAAGUGACCAUCGCCGGCUAAAGUCGCAUACAUCAUAACUCCAUUUUUUAAAUCAUGAUUUGAAACUUUUAGAUAGCAGCAUUAUGCACGCAUCUAAUGACGAAACUUAAAUACCAAGAAAAAACCGUUUACCUUUGCAAAAUAGAAAACCUCGCAACUCCUGACCACCAUUUUACUAAAGUAAAAUUACGUAUCUCCCCCGCACAGUACCUGUAGGCGAUAGCUUGGCUUGGUUUGUCAGUAAGUAGGUAUACCUACACAUUUUAAACUCGUAACCGAGUCGUUUAAGCACUAUUACAGAAAUAGUAGUAAAGAAGAGGAUAAAGAUUUAUAAGAUAUUCGAAGAUGAAAGAGAUCAAAAAUAAAGAAAAGAAAGCGAUUGAGAAAAUAAUUAAAAUAAAAUGCGGGAAAGGGGUCAACAAUACUAGGGGCAAAACAAGGUGAAGUAUGAAAUUAUAGUAAAAGCAAAGCAGAAAUAAGGUACACUUAAACCGAGGUUCGAGUGUAAAUGGCAACUCCACAGGUUUGAAGUAUUUUUAUUAUUUUACAAGUAUACAAAAACUUGUUCGGAUGAAAAGAUUUUCUUUUAUUUUUUAUAGAAAAAGUCCUAACUCCUAUUUUAGGAAAUACUCGUAUAUAGGUUCAGAUUAGAUAUUUAUUGAAUAAAUGCGAACAAUCUGACGGCUACAUUUUAUUUAAGUCGAAAGUGGAGGACCCGCGCGAAAUCACCUUUUCAUACAAAGUAAGUCCUCAUUUUCCUCUCUGGAUAUUAACAUUAUUAAAAAUAUUUUGACACAGUUUGUUGUAUAUCAAUCAUAGCUGUGGGCAUUUUUCGAAUUUUUAAUUAUUAUAGGAGUUAGAAGCAUUUCAAAUUUCGUAUGAAACUGUCUUUCGCUCCCAAUUUUUAUAAUAAUACAUAAAUCAAAAAAAGUCAAAAAGUAGGGGUAUAACUAUAGUAAAUAUACAUCAAUCUAUGUAAAAAUAUUUUCCAAAAUUUCAAUAUCCAGAGAGGGAAAUGGGGACUACGUUUGUUUUGAGAAUCGGUCGUCCUCUUUCCUCUUAACAUUAUGUACAAAAAAACUAAGGAAGUCUUUAUACACAAUUUUUGGUAAUGAAGUUUUUUGUGCCUCCUGUAAAAUUUGGUCAGGUUGAGUUACUGGGUUUGCGACUUUAGCUGAUGCAUUGCUGCGUCGUCAUAUGGCGUUAUGUUGCUAUGGCCUACCGGAUUUUGUAGUUUGGAGGAUCAAAGAAGUUCGUCUAUUUACCUAUCAGUAAGAGGAAAACAUAAGUUUGUUCCGGCGCUGUAUUUUUUAAGUCAUACCUAAUCAUGACAAAAAACUUCAUGAGUAUUGUAUUUCUACAUAAAAGUGAUGCAGCUUAUGCAAUGCAUUAGGCCAGCAAGGCGUGUGCUAGCAAUGGAAGCAAUAUCCCAUUUAACAACUAAAAGCAUGCGUCUCUCUCGUUACAUAUUUGCUCAGAGUUCUACUACUAAGUGCGUCCAUUUCUCACCUAACUUUGAUAUAGAUUUCAGGUGAGUGGCUUAACUACAGGUACGAGUAAAAGGGCUUGUUCUGAUUGUAAUCGAUUUGCAUCCAGAUUUAUUACGGCUAUCAUCUAUCAGCUGUCAAAAGUGACGUUUAAAUAUUUUUUUAAAUAUGUUUAAUAUCGGCCCGAUUCGAAGAACGAUUAAGACACGUUUAAGAUCUUGGAACGAUCGAUAACUAAACGACAUGUCAAAUUGACGUUUAUUUCGAUUCCGCUGUGAUCUCAAUAAGUUCUAUCUAUGAUAUUUCUAACGUCAAAGUGACAUUGGUUGCCCGAAUCGAGCUGCUUCUGUCAAUUAUACGACAUACAAACGAUAUCUAAAUGAGAACUUAUCUAAACCAGAACUUAUCGUUAUCGUAUCUCAUUCUUCGAAUCGGGCCGUAUGUCUGUGUAUCACGAAAAUUUUGUUAUUAAAAUUGACAUUGACAAAGAAAGCGACACGCAGCGGUCAACAUUGACAUUUUCUUCAACCAGAAAAAUGUCACAUUGACAGCUGACAGAUCAUAUUCAUAGCAUAUUCAGAUCCAUGUCAUAACCUGUUAUUACAAUCAGAAUACGCCCCAAGGAGAGCAGGUAAACGCCACUGUUCGAGAGAUUAUGAGAAUAGGAGAUACCUAACAUUUGUUACAAAUAUAACGGGGCCCUCUCGGAUAAUUUCUACGGCUGUCUGUUGGUAUAUUAACGCCACUAUUUGUGAUCUACUGAGUUUUCGCUCAGAAAAUAAAACAAUAUGAUCGCUCUGAUUCGACCUUUAAAAUUCGUCAAAAAUUCCUAAAGAUACGAUAUGGAUUGGAGAGUCAAAAGUGACGUUCAUGUUUGUUGAAGAAACGUCACUUUUUACACUGAUAUAUCUAAUCUAUAUCAUAUCUUUAGCAAAUGUUUGUCGUAUCUUAAAGUUCGAAUCGGGCCGGAACAAGAACUAUUGCGUAGAUGAUAACAAUAUUUAAUAACUACUACGUUUGUUUUUCAAGUAACAUUCACAAACAUUGAAUGUUAUUUUUCGAUGUCAAUGAUAUGAUUUAGCUAAGUAAUACACUCGGUUUACUAAACUUUACUGUGGUGACCACUGGUCGGAAGUCGAGAGUAAAAUACUUGACUCACAUAAGUAAAGUUUUUCAGAAACGAGUAUUAUAGAGCCAAGUAAACACGCUCAGAUGGCAAUUUGUGAUAUUGCUAAAUAUUGAACUAAGUUAAUAUAUAUCUAAACGUACUUAUUUUGUACAUUAGUAUAAUUAAAUAAACAAUUUUACCUAGUUACUGAAUGUACGCAGUACUUCGAUAAUUAAAAUGUUAAUAGGUACCUAUUAUGUUAUUGUUGUAUGAGACCCGUAAAAUUAAAUUUGAUAUUUAAUAAUCUAUAUUUAGAUGACGAAAGAAUUAAGUCUAAAUGUAAUAAUUGUUAAUGAAAUCAUCAUUUGAAAAACAGUUUAUGUAUUUACUAUCUAGUGAAUUGGUAGGUAUAAUCAUUACCAUGUUACCAGAACCUAUUUUUAGAGUAAACAAUGGUCAUUAAAGUGUGAUUUUCUUUUGUUUACAUUUAGUAAAUAAUUCUGAUAGACAGGUGUAAUUAUAGAGUAUACGUUAUUGUUCGGUUUAAUAAAUGGAUAUUGCCUUUAAUCCCUGCAUGCGUGUACUCGACACGAUUUAUUUAAUUACAUACAUAGUAGAUCAAAUGUCAUGUCACCAGUCGGUUAAUUAUUCAAGUGACCCUAAAGUGGUGUCCAUGUUUGUUGAAAUGUAAAUAUGAUGUAACUAGUCAUAAUUCUUUAUAUCCUACUUAAUGUCGGAGAUUUUUAUACGCCUGUAUUAAAUUAAAAUAAGUAUCGUACUUACCUAAUCCUAAUUUUGAAUUCAACUGUAGGUAAUCGAUUCCGUAAAAAUAUUAUUUAGCUAUUUAUUUUAACUCAUUUUUGCAUGUUUUUUUUAAACUUAAAGUAUUUGAAGUGAACUUUUAUUAAAUGUAUUAGGUAGUGGAAGUAAUUUAACAUAAAUAGUACAUAGGUUCAUUUGGCAUGCGAUGCUUGGAGGCAAAUGUGAUUUUAUCGUAAGUAUUUGUAUGUUAAAUAAAUAUGAAACUGUCGGUAAAGUGUGAGCAGAUCUGAGUCGUGUAUAUAGUUAUCUAAAUUAGAAUCGUAGGUCAACAACUGUAAAUGAGGAACAAUUAGAUCUAAGUAAAGUAAGGCUUUCUUGCGUUUUGUUACUUUUAACAGUUAUAAGUAGCUAUUGAAAGAUCUGUUAGUUUUUUAUUUGCACUUUUAUUAUAACUUGUAUUUUGUGUCCAAAAUGGCAGGAUUUAACAUUUAAAUACUUUGUAGGUGGUAAUUGUCAGAUAUCGGUAUACCCAUGAAAAAAAAUAUUCAAGUAAUCAACUUUUAUCUUUACCUAUUUUAAAAAUUCAUAGGCUACACUAACCUAUUACUUUCAGAUGGGCUGAGUUGUCGUUUAUCACUGACGUACCUAGUAAAAUAAUAUUUUUAAAAUAAUAAAAAAGCCCUCUUUGACCGUGAGCCGAAAUGUUCGCAUUUUAACGAAAAUGCGUUUGAAAACCUAAUCUGACCAACGCAACGUUUUAUGUAUAAGUACAGUCGAGAGCAAAAUAACUUGGAAAACGCAGAUGGAAGUUAAAAGUUUCCGAAUUGUUAUUAAAAUUUUGUGAUUUAUGCUUUGUAAACGGAAGAGAAAUAAAACGUUGAAGUGAUUUACAUCUUUCUCGUGCGAGAAGAGGAUUCAUAACUUUCCGCACUCGACUGUGCCGUUCGUAGUAGAUUUGGUUUUGCUUUAUCGUAAUAAAUAAAUAUUAUGGAUGUUCCCGUAUUUAUUCUGCUGGAUGUCUUGAUAAUUAAUUUUUGAAUAAACGACUGUAAUCAAAA